ACACGACUGCGUAUGUACCUUUCCAUUGGGGUUGCUUUUUGAGCCAUUUAAAUAUUUCCUUCCCGGCGGCGUCUCUUUCAGAGACGUUACAACUCCACUGCAUAUAUCGCCGUAAAUCUAGACCAGCGUAGUAAGGUACAUAAAUAGCCGAAGCCAGCGACGAAUUACUCGUCAAACACUCGUAUGUCUUCAUCUUCUCGUGGAAAAUAACUUCAAGCAUGAACUGAUUAGUCGCGUACCAGCUCCGAGAGUACUUAGAAUCGGUGGAAUCACCAUCACCCAUCUGAGGUCCGAAUCCGGAGUUUUCAAUGUACCUACACAUGCUGGUUUUAUCUUUUGGUCUUGAAAUCGACUCGCAGUCUUGGAGGAUGUCUUUGUUGAAUCUAGAAGGUAGAUUAUGAAUAUAUAUGUAUCGGCCGACGCAUGGAUCGUAUCUGAGUCUGGAAUGAUCGGAAUCGGAGAUAGUAGUGGUGGUGCUGCUGAUGAGGAUGAUUUUGUUUUGGGAGAGAUAAAGGAGAAGCAUAGAGGUAGUGAUGAGGAGACAUGGGAUAAGUAAGAGGGUGGUAGGUUUCUUCUUCCCUGCAGGCUGGUCCUCGAUGGAAUUGUUGUUGUUGUCCAUCUUCGUUGUUGUGAAUGGGAGAAGUUGGCUCACGUUGUGUGGUGUUCUUGAUUUGAAGAUCCAUGUCGAACAUGGAGAGAGAGAAAUGAAAGUCAAAGACUACACGCAAAUAACUAUCUAUUAUUAUAUUUGUAUACAGGUGUGAUUAUCAAAUAGAAUAAGCAAAUUUUAUAUAAAUUUUAGAUUUUAACCUAUGAUUUAUUGAUUUAUAAUCUUAUGAUAGUCGUUUCGGAAAUCAAUAAUAUACUUACGGCCGGCGGGUGCAAUAGAAUUUGCUCACUAUAGACUUAUUGUUUGUAUAUAAAUAUUUUUAUUAAAUAUUUCUCACCGUGGUUUGAAUUACUUUUGGCAAAUCACCCUUCAAAAUAUUGGUUAGUUAACCUUUGAUUCAAUCAGUUAGAGAAUAUUUUGAACCUUCAUCAGGAAAUAGUCAAAGGCUAGCGACAAACACAUAUGCUGCUCGAUUUGUGGCAUUAUUUGACAUAAAAGGUCUAGCUAAACUCGGACAGAGACGUUGGCACGAGUCUCAGACCGGCUUGAUAUCAACCUCUCGCACCUCUAGUUUUUUAGCCCUUUUAAACGUAGAGUAUUAUAAAUAAAAAAAGUUAUAAUGUCAGACCGGCCCUGCUCCCCCUCUAUCGAUACUCUAAACCGCUUCUCCAUCUCUGCAUCCAUAAUUAAUUCCAAAUCCAUUCAUAAAAUACAUGCAGUAAUCCUAACAACAUGAUGUAAGACCACAAUACCAUUGUUAGCUAUAAAUAGACCGGCCUACGUUAUCAAUAUUCUAAACCGGGUUCAGUCUCGGUUUGACAUUUUAAAACUUUUGUAAUGUACUACGAUCAAAUAAAAAUUUAUGCAUUUAUUCUUCGUAUACGUAAUGUUCUGAGAUGUUGAAUAAAAGAUGAAUCACUAAAAUGAAAAUGUUGAAAAAUAAAAUUUUAUGAUUUAGAUUACUUGGUGUCGAAAAAUUCUAACAUGUUGAAUAAAAAGAAAGUGAAGUCUAACAAUGACACAUGUCACUUUUUAAAGAUUUUAAUAUUUUUACAUCCUCUUAAUUAUUUAAAACCAAUAUUCACAUUAUAAAUUAAAUAAUUUAUUUUUAUUUUCUAUACAAAAAUUUAUUAUUCAAUUUUUUAUGAAUAAAGACUAGAUUUAUUUAAUUUGGAUAUAUAAAAAAUAAUUAUUAAUUAAUGAAAUAGAGUGUUGGAUUUUAUUGAACAAAAACAUUUUAGUGUGUAAAAGUUAAAUACGUGUUGAAUGAUGAGGUGAAAAAAAGUUGAAAUAGAACGUUAAAAGAUGAAAUAAAAUGUAUUAAAGAACCAUCAUAGUCUAAGAAAACGGUUCCUUUGCAUAUGCUCAUGAGCGGAUCUGGCCCGGUUUUCCAUCUAUGCAUCCAUACCCAAAUCCAGCUAUAAAUUUUCAGUGAUUACUACACAAUAGCAUAUACUUUCUUUGUAUAUGAUGUUUUAAUCAAAUGCCCAGUUAUUAAAAAAUAUUUUUAUUUAAAAAUACUAUUUAACAUAAAUUAGUAAUGAUUUAAACAAUUAUAUAAAAUAUCAUUGAUUGUACAUUUCUUAAUAAAGUUAAAAGAUAUCUAAAAAUAUGAAAACAACUUUCGUGCAUGCAUGAAGUUUAACACGUGAGAAGCCUAGAAGGCUACACUUGUGUAUUUCAACUUUUGUUUAGAAUUGUAUAACAAGAAGAGAAGAAUUUGUCAAAUGUUUAGAGAUUUUCUUUUGUAAACAAAUGUUUGAGAGAUUUUGAAAAGCUGAUCAGAUAAGUGUUUGUAGCGAUGCUGGGAUGUUAUAAAGAGUUUUUCUUUUUUUUUGUAACUUUGUGUUAUAAAGAGUUUCCUAGUAACGCAAGCAACAAAUAAGAUCUUAAAUUUUCCCAUCCGUUUACUUCUGUUGCAAAUAACACAAAGAAAACACAUGAAUAUUUCAAGGUUUUAUAGGAUUUCAGAAGGGGUCUUACUUUACAAACAAAAGUUACAAAUGAAUUCACAAAAACAAAAGUUACACAUGAAUUAACAAUACAAGCAAGUCACAGUUUUUCUUUUCUUUAACGAAUCUUUGAUUUACGGGCCAAAAUGUGUUGGCUACAUGGGCUUUCUCUAAACUAAGCAUGCACAAAAGUUAAUCCUUGAUAGUGUGAUGUGAUACGUUAUUUACUUAGGGUUCCGAACGAUACGAAUUCAGAGAAACCUAGGGUUUUGAAGACAAGUGUCUGCGCCAUGAAACUACGGCGGCUCAACCUCUCAAACGAUGUUCCAACCAGUUUCUCAUGCAUAUCACGUUCCUCUACAGCAUUCAACGAAAGAGAAAACUCGGAGCCGAUCCCACAUGAUCUCAUCUACGAACUGCUUUUGAGAUUGCCCGCGAAAUCUAUAGCUAGGUCUCGUUGCCUAUCAAAGCUCUGGGCUUCCAUACUUCGUAGCCAUGAUUUCACCGAGUUAUUCUUGACCAGAUCUUCAACUCGUCAGAAGCUUCUUUUCUUCUGCCUAAAGGAUCAUGAUUUUUUCUUCUUCACGGCACCUAAAAAUCCGGACAAUAACUCGUCUCUUGUAGUCCCCGAUUAUCAUAUGAAGUUCCCAUUUGUUGGUAUUGGCUUUCAAAUUUGUGGUCACGUCCGAGGUUUGGUCUGCCUUACACAUCUUCGGACCGUGAAGGGAGGGAAGCAUACAGUUCCAGAGAUAUGUAACCCUAGCACCGGACAAUCCUUACCUUUACCCAAAGUGAAGACGAGAAGAAGGGUUAACGUAAGACGCUUUUUUGCCUAUGAUCCGAUAGGUAAGCAAUUCAAGGUAUUAUCCAUGACCUGGCCAUGUUAUCGAAGUUAUUUGUUAUGCCAGGAGUACAAAGUUCUGACUAUAGGGACAGGAAAACUAUCAUGGAGAAUGGUCGAAUGUAGCGUACCCCAUCAACCUAUAUCUGGUGAGAUAUGCAUCAAUGGUUGUUUGUAUUAUUAUUCUAUGGUUGAUAGUGUAGAGCAUCGUUAUGUGAUAGUUUGCUUUGAUGUAACUUCUGAAAAGCUUACAUCUAUUAGAAAACCUAUGGAAGAUGUCAAAUGUAUUGUAUCAAAUCUGGUAAACUACAAUGGUAAUUUAGCUACACUUACCUCAGACGGGGAUAGCCAAGUUAUUGGACAAAGUAGAUGCAUUGAGUUCAGAGGCGUGCUUCAUGUGUUAUCAAAAAGGCUUUUGCCUCAGGCCCCCAAAAUAUAUAGACAUUUUAGGGCCCCAAAUUUUUAAUAAUCCUGUGUAGCAUAGUGGUCUUAUUAAACACACUAUCUUAUCAACUGAAGUUCGAACCUCACAGUUGCUCUUCUUUUCUUUUAUCAGAAAAAAAUAUUUUGUUUUAUUGUUAAUUUUUCGAAAUCAGAAAGAAAGAUCCCUUUCGUGAUAUCAAAAUUUCUAAAUAGAAAAAGAAAAUAAAUCUCAACUACUUUAUACAUGAUCUAUAUAUAUAUUUUUUUAAAUUGUAUAUUUUAUUUCUUACGCGUUAUCCUACAUGAUCUAUAUGUAUUUGGUUUCUUUUUAUUUAAUCAUUACCAUCUCUUCUUGUAUUCGGAUAUAUGUUUCUUCAUGUAUAGACCUUGUCAUUAAUUUAUUUUUUUCUAGUGCUUUUUGUUUUUUUUUGUAUUUUGUUAAGUUAACAUCUCAUACUAAUUUAUACUAUGGUAAGUUAUUUGUUUAUUAUAGAGCUAAUUAUAAAUAGUUCUUUUAAGUGAUUAAUUUUUCUUAAUCUUUACUAAUUUAAAUCAUACUACUGUUAAUUUUUCUUUAACUAUACAUUAUAUUUUUAUCAAAAAAAAAUUUUGGUUUAAAGGUUCCAUUUUUACUUUUGCCUCAAGCCCCGGUAGACCUUCGCACGGCACUGAUUGAGUUGUGGGUUCUAGCAGAUGCUGAGAAACAUGAAUGGUCAAAACAUAUAUACGAACUUCCCAGUUUGUGGAAGGAUAUAGUUCUUGCUCCAAAAAGAAGAAGGAAAGAUAUAGUUCAUACCUAUUACUUCAUUGGAAUAUCAGGUGGUAAUGAAAUUGUGAUGUCACCACGCCAUUCAUCUAGCCUUUUCUAUGUUUUCUACUACAAUUUCGAGAGGGGAAUUAUCAGAAAAGUUGAAAUCCUAGGAACGGAUGCGUUUAAGCAUCGUACAAUUAAUACAUUUUUACACCAUGUGGAGGACGUGAAGCUUAUGUAGUUGUCUAGGAAUUUGUUUAUUACUUGAGAUUGUAACAGCUCAUGAUCAUUUAGUUUUCAGUCCUUUAUAUUAUUCAAUAACUAUUUUCUGGUUUUAAUUAUGGCGUUCAUCUUUCUUCGAGUAUAUAUUUUGUCCCUUAUUCGUAAUCAUUCACACAUUAAAGAUGAAUUAUACUGUUAUGUUCAUGAGUAAGCCUAUUUGUUAAGUAAUUUAAUCCUUUUAUACUGUUAUGUUCAUGAGUAAUCCUAUUUGUUACUUAUGUUCUAAAGUAACACAUGAUUAACCCCGGUUUCUUAGUCGGGGUUCUUAACUCAUAAUUUGAAUUUUUUUUUUACACUUUUCAGUUAAGAAAUAAUUUUUAUAUCUCUUAUUCAAGAGACGAUUCUUAGUUUUUCUUAGUUAAAAUCUAAGAAAAGUUAAGAAUCUUCUCUUAUCCAAAACUAAGAAUUCUAGUUAAAAGACUGGAUUAAUCUGGUCUUAGCACCUCUUAGUGAUAGAUUUUAUUUAUUAAAACUUUUGGUGAAAGUUUUUUUAUUGUCGACAACUUAU